AUGGCGGACGGCGCGGAGCAGAUCAGCCUGGGCGAGCUGCAGACCAACGCCAAGGGCGGCAAGUUCCUGCCUCUGAGGGCGGCUCACGGCGGCUUCGCCUCCUGGCGCAGCCCCGACUGGCUGCGGGUCAUCUGGCACCCCAGCAGCUUCGGCGCCAAGGAGCAGCGGCGCGUGAACCUCUGCCUCGAGCCCUGCGAGGAGGCCAAGGAGUUCUUCGGCGGCGUGGAGCGGCUCCUGGUCGAGGAGCUGGCGAGGAAGUCGGUCCACGACACCAAGAUCUUCGGCAAGGCCCUGGGGCGCUUAGCAGCUGCGCGCCGGCCGCCGAGGCCCUUGGUCUGGCCCCGGCUCCGGCCGCACGGCGGAUCAGCUCCCGCUGCGCCCCCCAGCUUCUCAUGA